GCAGAGAAUGGGGGUUAAAGCAAUUAACUUUAGUAAACAAAUCCCGAUGUCAAACUUCAAGUGUAUACUUUGCAGUGAUUACCUUCUGCGCAACCCCGUGCAGUGUGAGUGUGGUGACAGAUUGUGUGGAACCUGUUUCGAGUCUCUGCAGAAGAGAAAAGAAGAUGUAUUUCUCUGCCCAACUUGCAAUGUGAAGAAUCGAUUGUCUGACUGUUUCCGAGACAAGGCAGUGGAGUAUGAGCUUUGUAACAUCACCCUCAAGUGUUUGAACCCGUCCUGUCCAUGGGAAGCGGAGAGCAGGUUUUAUCAGGAACACAAGGCAGUAUGCAAGUACAUGGUAGUGCCGUGCCCUAACUCUGCGUAUGGCUGUCCCUCCAGACUGUCUAAGGUGGACAUGCGUAACCACAUGAUCACCAAGUGUCGGUUCAGGCCAGUACAAUGCACUUGGUGCCUAAAGAAUGUUCUGGAUGAGCAGGCUCACAUCAAGUCAGAGUGUGAGGAUGUGUCUGUCCCUUGCCCUAACAAGUGUGGGGUGUCGGUACCACGGAAAGAGCUUUCCAAGCACACUCGUACACUAUGUACCCACCAACUGAGAAACUGCGACUACAAGAACCUUGGAUGUUCAUACAAGGGCACUAUCCCACAGUUGACCUCACAUGCUAAGGAAUAUACAGCCUACCACACUCAAUUGUUAAAGAUGAGCCACAAAGAGGUGCAGGACUCGUUAAAGACUGAAAUUGCACUGCUAGACAAUAAAACAGCAGCACUGCAAUCUGAGAUCACCAAAACGAAAUCAGAGCUGAACGGCAAAAUCCAGCAGAUGGUUAAUUCUAUUGUGAAAGCUGAGUCGUCCAUUAUCCAACUACAAGAUGGACUCAGUGAAGUAUCUCUACUAUUACAAACACUUCAAGCUACCAAUUACGAUGGAACAUUCAUUUGGAAAAUCCCCGAAGUCACUAGGAGAAGACAGGAAGCUAAAACUGGGAAAACUGUAUCUCUGUAUUCCGCUCCAUUCUACACAAGUCGUCAUGGAUACAAGCUUUGUCUACGACUCUACAUGAAUGGUGAUGGUACUGGCAAAGGCACUCACUUGUCGUUCUUCAUCACCCUAAUGCGAGGGGAGUACGAUGCCCUCCUCCCUUGGCCGUUCAGACAGGCAGUCACUCUGACCCUGGUGGACCAGAACAAGCAGCAAGACAUUGUCCAAUCGUUCCGUCCUGAACCAAUCUCCUCAUCAUUCCAAAGACCACGCAAUGAGAUGAACGUUGCCUCAGGCUGUCCGACAUUCGCCCCCGUUUCUGUCCUCGACAAAAACUCCUACGUCAAGGACGAUACUUUGUUCGUCAAGUGCAAUAUUAACACCACAGAACUAACGAAUGAAUGACUAUAGACUGCAUAGUUUAUUGAUAUACAUGUACUCGUGUCGUGUCUUUGCGUUCAAUUUCAACCCCAUGAUUUUUACAGUGACAUACUAGUGGUAGGUAUAUGCAGCUAUGCAGCUAUCUUACCAAUUAAGACAUCUGAACACUACACAGCUUUCGGUCCCAUUCGCGGCAACUAAUAACUUUAAAUUUUCAUUCUUCGCAGAUACUAUUACAACUUGGAAUAAAUUAAGUUUUGUUACAGACGGUAUUUCACUUGCAUCCUUUAAAAAUCAUUUACUUUAUUAAUAAAGUGUAAUUUAGAUUGUUGUGUACUGUUUUUGUGUAUGUAGGUAGGUAACUGAUUUGGAUUAGCUACUAUUCUGCUAUUUUCUGUUACCUUUGCUGUAUGCAUAAAUUUGUUUAAUAAAAAAAAAAAAUAAAUAAAAAAAAGAGAAAUGUCAUGUAAUUAUGUAUACCUUUGUGACAUAACAAGUUUGCUAGAUCUAGUACAUCAGUGUUGUGCGGAAAGACAUAGGUAUAAUAUGCGGGUUUUAAUUUGGCUAUAUUGCUUGACAUGAAUCCUUAAUUAAGCUGAGCUUUUAAAACAAGACUUCUAGUGAACUCUUCCUGUUUCUUUCUUGAUCUUGGUUUAUUCCGGGGCCUAAACUAGAUUUUACUGGCCAUAAAACCACCCAAUAUAUAGGAGGUGUGCAGAGAAAGGGGGGGUUAAAGCAAUUAACUUUAGUAAAAAAUCCCGAUGUCAAACUUCAAGUGUAUACUUUGCAGUAAUUACCUUCUGCGCAACCCCGUGCAGUGUGAGUGUGGCGACAGAUUGUGUGGAACCUGUUUCGAGUCUCCGCAGAAGAGGUAGAUCUAGCUAUAUAGGUUAGUACUUUAAGACCACUCUUCUUCUUUUGUUAUAGACCAUUAAUUAAUACUGCACUUUGCAGAAAAGAAGAUGUAGAUCUAUUUCUCUGCCCAACUUGCAAUGUGAAGAAUCGAUUGUCUGACUGUUUCCGAGACAAGGCAGUGGAGUAUGAGCUUUGUAACAUCACCCUCAAGUGUUUGAACCCGUCCUGUCCAUGGGAGGAGGAGAACAGGUUUUAUCAGGAACACAAGGCAGUAUGCAAGUACAUGGUAGUGCCGUGCCCCAACUCCGCGAGUGACUGUCCCUCCAGACUGGCUAAGGUGGACAUGCGUAACCACAUGACCACCAAGUGUCGGUUCAGGCCAGUACAAUGCACUUGGUGCCAAAAGAAUGUUCUGGAUGAGCAGCCAGACUAUGCCUCAGACAAUGCCCCACGAGAAGAAAGAAGGAACUAUUCAUUGACCGGCAAAAGAACGACACGAGAAUGUGAUGUCCACAUGUCCACGUCAAAGCCUCUACUCUAUAUCAGCUAUUAGGACAGCAUUAUUAUCAUUCAUUUAUAGUUUGAACUAGUUUUUGAUAAUAAUUAUUUUGCUAUAUUCUCAAGCCUUCAUCAUCAUCAUCAUUUUCAGUCAGAACUGUUUCAAAACUCAUCAAGCAUGUAUCAAUCUGAAACACUCUCAUGCAGAGCUGAAACAACUAAAGACACACUUUCAGUAGCCAUUUUUAUUUGGAAUAAACACCCGUUAUAUCAGAGGCAAUCACCCAUGCAAACGUCCAUCAUUCACAGAGGUGUUUCAUAUCCAUGUAGUAUCUAUGGUGUAUAUACAAGUA